GUUUCACUUUAUUGCCCGGUUGAGAUUGAACCGCUCCUGCUUUCCUCGCUUUCACCGAGCUUGGCUUGAAUUAAACAGAGAUAAUGGAUUUAAACUCGGAAUCUGUGAAGAAAGUUCUCUCUAAGUAUAAAUUUCGUGAUGUUGCUAUCGAAGAGCUACAGAAAGUGUCUCGCCUUCAUUCUGAUAUGAAAUUAAUAUCCGGAACAUACACAUCUAGUGACAGUUUACAGAAGGAUCUGCUCAAACUGCUUGGAAACAUCCCAGUCAGAUAUCAAGGGCACCUAUAUAACCUGCCCAUCCUGCUGUGGCUCUUGGAUUCCUUUCCUUUCACGCCUCCCAUCUGCUUCCUGAGACCCACGUCCAGCAUGGUCAUACGGGAGGGUAAACACGUCGACUCGAAGGGCAGAAUACACCUGCCGGGCCUGCACAGCUGGGACCAUCCGAAGUCAUCUGUGAACGGGCUUCUAGCAGAGAUGAUCGCUAAGUUUGAGGAGGAACCUCCACUGGGCACCAAAUCUUCAGCACAGGGCGACAAUCCCAACAAUCUGCUGGCCUAUGUGUCAAAUCUCACCCUUAACGAAGGUGGAAAUCGGCUUGAUCAGGAGGUUAAGGUCUCAGUGAUUGGCGGAGGAGAUUUGGGAAUCGCUGUUGUGUUGAGUAUUAUGGCAAAAAGCUGUGUUGACAAACUGGUUUUGAUUGACAUCCCUGAGAGCUCAACCAAAGGUGGCACAACAGAUUUGGAGAUUUUCAGUUUACCAAAGGUCGAGGUCUCAAAAGUGGCAUUGUGGGGUAAUAUGGGGCCGGGAACUGACCAGCUACAAGCGUUAACUCCAGUGUCCAACUCCACCAAACCAUUAAUGGACAGGGCGUUAGAGAUGCUCAAAGGCAGAGGUCAGAGGUCAUGGUCAGUCGGGUUGUCCAUUGCUGACAUUAUUCACAGCAUUGUAACGGACAAAAAGAAGAUACACUCUGUCACAACACUGGCUGAGGGUUGGGGUGGAAUCGGUUCUAAAGUGUUCCUCAGCUUGCCUUGCGUCCUCGGGGAAAACGGCUCUACCCGGUUACCAGGAGUGGCUCUGGGUUCAGAGGAUGAAAUGAAGCUGAGGGAGAGUGUGGCGUGUCAGGUCAACCUCUUCAUGCAGCUGAGAUUGUAACUCAGGUACUGGAUGAAACUGCAUCACCUCUACAAAUGGUGCAUUUUCUCUGCAAGCUCUGUUACAAUCGCAGCUUUAAGACACACUGUCAAUUUCUCAUGGAAGGUAAAGAUGUACUUUAGUCCUUCCUGCAAUACUUGCUUAUCUUAUAUUCUCACAGCAGCCACUGUGAAGUGACAGUCCUCCAUCUGACAGCAAUAGCACUGAAGACUUUAUCUUGGCUUCCUGUGAAGCAUUAUGCAUAUUAUUAUUGCACUUGUUUACAAUACAAACUAUGUUUAUGCAAUCCUGUUUGUCAUAUGACUUAUAAGUAGUUACCUGUGAGAAUAAUGCAACAAUGGUGCCUUUAUGAAGGUUAAAUUAUGGUAGAAAGGUAAAAUGAAUGGCUUCAAGUGCUUGUUAAAUGCUGUUACCAAUCAGGCAGAUCUGUGAUGUAGGUUUGCGUUUAAAUCAAUUAAAGGGCAUGGGUUCCUGAUGUGCUUUCAUGCAAGUGAAUGUAUAUUAAUUUAUAAAGAAAUAUUUGACCCUGGUAUAUUUUAUCACGUUGUGCUUGUGCCAUAUACCUCUGAAUGUGAAAUUAGAAUUGACAACAGCAAUAAUGUAAAUAUUAAAAUAAACACUCUACUUUAUGUAUUGUCUCAU